AUGGGCAACUGCUUCCCUGUUCAAUUUCAAUGUGGUGAUGCCUUGAUUAACCGCUGCUGGGAUUGUGUCGCUGGACAGGCAUUGUACAUAUGUCAACUUAAAGAUAACCUUGAAGAUUUGCAGGAUGCAAGAGAUGAAGUAAGUGCACUAAAGAAUGAUGUCAUGCGAAGGAUCAUCAAUGAGGAAGGACCACAAAUGAAGCGACUGGAACGAGUUCAAGAGUGGGUUUCAAAGGUGGAAGCAAUUUUAGUGGAAGUUGAUGAACUAAGAGAUGGUCCUCAAGAAAAAGAGAAAUUGUGUCUUGGGGGCUGUUGCUCCAAGAAUUGCAAGUCCAGUUACAUCUUUGGUAAACGCAUUUCCAAAAGACUGAAAAAUGUGCUUGCUCUAAAGCAAAAUGGAGUUUUUGAAGUAGUAGUCGAGAGGGCAGCUGAGGAGCCAUUUUAUAUAACCCAGCUGCAAGCAAAUCUUGAAGAUUUGCAGACUAAAAGAGAAGAACUUUGGGCGUUAAAGGAAGAUGUGAUGCGGAGGGUUACCGUGGAAGAAGGACAAGGAAAGAAGCGUCUAGAACAAGUUCAAGUGUGGCUGUCAAUGGUGGAAACUACAAUAACUGAAGUUGAUGUCCUGAUAAGAGACGGUCCCCAAGAAAUAGAGAAAUUGGGUCUUGGAGACUUUUACAGCUCCAUAUUUGUUGGAAGAGUUGCCAAAAAACUACAAGACAUGGUUGUUCUGAAUGGUAAAGGAGAUUUUAAAGAAGUGGCUGCUAGGACCCUUCCAGAACCGGUGGUUGAGAGACCUAGUCAGCAAACAGUAGGCUUGGAAACCAUGUUAGCUGAGGUCUGGAGCUGCAUCAUAGAGGAAGAACAAGUGGGAAUUCUUGGCCUAUAUGGCAUGGGGGGAGUUGGAAAAACUACACUCUUGACCCAAAUUAAUAACAAGUACCUUAAUACGCCCCAUGAUUUUGAUGUUGUGAUCUGGAUAGAGGUGUCUAAAGAUCUACAACUUGAGCAGGUUCAGGCUGAUAUUGGAUCAAGAAUUGGAGUUUUUGAUGAACUAUGGAUAAAGAAAAGCUUCAGUGACAAAGCUAUUGACAUAUGCAGGGUCUUAAGGAAGAAAAAAUAUGUUCUCUUAUUGGAUGAUAUAUGGGAGCAAAUUGAUAUAACAAAAUUGGGGGUUCCCUUUCCAAACACAGAAAAUGGGUCCAAGCUGGUAUUUACUACUCGUUCUAAGGAGGUUUGUGGACACAUGGGUGCUGACAAGAAAAUCGAAGUAGGGUGUUUAGCAUGGGAAAAGGCUUGGGAUUUGUUUAAUAGAAGUGUUGGGCCGCAGACCCUCAAUAGUCACCUUGAUAUUCCACAGUUGGCCAAAGUAGUGGCAAAAGAAUGCAAGGGUUUGCCACUUGCACUCAUUACGGUUGGUCGAGCCAUGGCAAGCAAGGAGACGCUCCAACAAUGGGAUCAUGCUGUUAGAAUUCUGAAGAAUUCAGCCUCCAAAUUUUCAGGUAUUGAGAAGGUGUUCUAUACACUGAAGUUUAGUUAUGACAGUCUACCAGAUGAUAAAGUUCGUUCUUGUUUUCUCUAUUUUGCCUUAUUUCCAGAAGAUAAGAAAGUUUUGAAAACCGAUCUAAUUGACUAUUGGAUUUAUGAGGGGUUUUUUGAUGAAUAUGGUGAUAUAAGUGAAGCUCAAAAUUGGGGUUACGAAAUUAUUGGUACUCUUCUACAUGCCUGUUUGCUGCAAGAAGGAGGGCAUUAUGUCAAAAUGCAUGACAUGAUUCGGGACAUGGCUUUGUGGGUAGCAUGCGAGCACGAAAAGGAGAAGGAGAACUUUUUUGUGGAAGCAGGUUCUCAACUAGUUGAAGUACCAAUGGCUAUAAAGUGGCAAGGGGUAAGGAGGAUGUCACUGAUGGCAAAUCAGAUUGAAAAUCUGACAGGAACACCCACAUGUCCUAACCUGUUAACUUUGUUUCUUAGCCAGAAUCGUUUGAAGACUAUAAGUGGUAGCUUUUUCCAAUUUAUGCCAAAUCUGAGGGUUUUGGACUUGUCAGGUAAUAGUGAUCUUACCCGACUUCCAUUUGGAAUGUCAAAGUUGGUUUCCUUAGAAUAUCUCAAUUUGGUAUGGACAGGAAUAACCCAGCUGCCAAUUGAGCUAAAGUUCUUGGUUAAGUUGAAAUAUUUGAACUUGGACCAUACAUACGAACUUAAUACUAUCCCAUGGUUAGUAAUAUCAAGUUUGUCAAUGUUGCAUCAUGUGUUGAGGAUGUUUGAGUAUGGCGGUUAUGGGGCUCGAGCAGUUUUAGGUGCUGGGGAUCGGGGAGUGGAAGUUGAAACGCUGGCAGGUGACGAUGAAGCCUUGGUGGAGCAAUUGAAGUGCUUGAAACAUUUGGAGAAGUUACAUAUAACCAUAAAAAGUUAUGCAGCUCUCCAAAGACUUUUAAGCUCCCUCAAGCUAUAGAGUUGUGUUCAAGCGCUAUCCCUCCAGUUCCUUCUCGAUUCCAAGUCGAUAAACAUUUCAUUUUUAGAAAAUAUGAAGUUCUUGGAAGUGUUCUGGGUCAUUGAUUGCAACAGUUUAGAGGAGUUGAAGAUUGACUUGAUAAAGAUCGGUAAGGAUUUUCUACAUGCACCUAAUCGCUCGCUGCACAUGAAUGAUAGGUGCUUCAAAAGUAUCUGCAAAGUGAACAUAGAGAGUUGUUCUACAUUAAUGAACUUGACAUGGCUUGUUCUAGCGCCGAAUCUCAAGUUUCUUAAUGUCGUUAAGUGCACUAAAAUGGAAGAAAUAGUAAGUGUUCAAAAAUUGGGGGAACUUACUGAGCUGGUAGAAAGUGCUAAACUAUUUGCAAAACUAGAAUUCCAUAAACUACGUUUUCUACCGCGCUUGAAGAGUAUCUAUCGGAGUGCACUGCAAUUCUCGCACCUAAAGGAAAUCUUUGUGCGUGUAUGCCCAAAGCUUAAAAGACUUCCACUGAACUCUGACAGUGGGAAGGAAAACAAAUUUGUAAUAGAGGGAGAGGAUCACUGGUGGCAAGCACUAGAAUGGGAGGAUGAAGCCACACAGCAAGCUCUUCUUCCAUGUUUUAAACCACUAAUGUAAGCUAAAGAUUAGAUAUGAUAUGAUCAGUUAGGCUU